AGAAAGAUAUCGAGCCAGUCAAGGAAAACUGAAAUGAGCCACUCACAGGACGUGAUGCUCUGUGAGCUGGUCUCGCAACAUCCUUGCCUUUACGAUUUGAAGAACCCUAAAUAUAGAGACACUAUGUUCAGAGACAGAAUUUGGGAAGAAAUUGGUGCACAGUUGAAACUGGCAGGUAUGCAAUUACAGAAGAAAUGGCGCAAUAUCAAAGACUCCUACAACCGAGAGAAGAGGAGAUUAAGCGGUAAAAGUGGUUCUGCCGUUGCGAGGAACACACAAUAUUUGUAUUUCAAUUUACUGUCAUUCUUAAAUAUCACCAGUCCACCCGUCCAUACGCACAGCAGCGUAUCGCCUGAAACCAUUGAGAAUCAGGCCUCACAAGAAAGUGAAGCAGCAAGUGGACCGUACACGGGCUAGGGUGCUAGACAAGAAAAGGAAGCCACAAAAUGAAGUUGGUAGAGAAUUAAUCAAUGUGCUGCAAAAAUCUGCAGAUGCAAGACAGCAACUAGACGCACAAAUGAUGACAGACGAGGACAAACUCUUUUAUGUUAUCUUUGAUCCCCAAUUGUAAGAAAAUACCGCAGCACUUGAAGUUGUCAGUAAAACGAUGAAUCUUAAGUAUUAUCGAGGAAGUUCAAUGAAACCCUAGUUAUCCAACCACUUCCAGCCAUGAACACCACCGAUAGUACUUUUUUCAGCCUUCACAAUCAUCAGGUAUAUUUCUCACAAUGCCAUCCUUAAAUUACAUCGCAACCUUGUGAAGCAGAAGGAUAUCAGCAAAGCAACGCUGCCCAACCUGCUUGUUCUUCUUCUUCACAAGACAACAUAGCGAAGUCUCCACAAGAAACCAUCAAUGAUGGCAGUAUUGACAAUGGUGCUACGUCACCUUUACUCAGUUGUUUCACGAAUGAUGAAGUCAAUGUUACUA